CGUUAUAAAGUGAAGUGAUAAAUGAAAAACUUCAAAAAGUGGUUGGAUUAUAAUCUCUUCCGUCUCGCCUAGACUUGUAAAUCGUGGGUUUGAUUUCGGGUCUUGGGGUCGGGUGGCCGCUGGGAGGCACGCUUGGCUUUGCGUGCGUAAAAACGCGUCGUGGCACGCGCCGCCGGGGAGGUUGAACGCUCCAGUCUGACUGCCAGAGCUGCGAGUUCCAAAGACCAGAGACUUUCUCCUCUGGGCUGAAGGAGGAACAUGAACCGGGGGUGUUUCCGUGGACAGAGAACAUCUUCAGCAAAGGCUCCAUUAGCAGACAGGAGGACAUGGCAACCUCUGAACUUUACUCCAAGCACGCCCGCGUUUGGCUCCCCGAUCCAGCCGCAGUGUGGAAGUCAGCAGAGCUUACCAAAGAUUACAGCCCCGGGGACCUGACGCUGUUCCUGCAGCUGGAGGAUGGCACGAAUGUGGAACACAAAGUGAACCCCCAAACCAACAUCCUGCCCCCUCUGAGAAACCCGGACAUCCUGGUGGGGGAAAAUGACCUGACGGCUCUCAGCUACCUACACGAGCCUGCGGUGCUGCACAACCUUAAAGUGCGCUUUAUAGACUCCAAGCUGAUCUACACGUACUGUGGAAUUGUCCUGGUUGCCAUCAAUCCUUAUGAGAGCCUGCCCAUCUAUGAACCGGACAUCAUCAAUGCCUACAAUGGCCAAAACAUGGGGGACAUGGACCCUCACAUCUUUGCAGUGGCAGAGGAAGCUUAUAAACAAAUGGCCAGAGAUCAAAGAAACCAGUCCAUCAUAAUCAGCGGUGAGUCUGGGGCGGGCAAAACCGUUUCUGCUAAGUACGCCAUGCGUUACUUUGCCACAGUCAGCUGCUCUUCUGGGGAGGCCAACGUUGAGGAGCGAGUUCUUGCAUCCAGUCCCAUCAUGGAGGCUUUUGGGAAUGCCAAGACGACCCGGAACGACAACAGUAGUCGCUUUGGGAAGUACAUUGAGAUUGGAUUUGACAAAAAGUAUUGUAUAAUCGGGGCCAACAUGAGAACCUACUUAUUAGAAAAGUCCAGAGUCGUGUUUCAGGCUCAUGGAGAAAGAAAUUACCAUAUUUUCUACCAGCUCUGUGCCUCCUCACAUUUGCCGGAGUUCAAAGCUUUCAAGUUGGGUUGUGCAGAUGACUUCCACUGCACUAACCAGGGCCAGAGUCCCGUCAUCGAUGGAGUGGACGAUGCUAAAGAACUGUGCAGCACCAGGAGGGCCUUUUCUCUUCUAGGAAUGGAGGAAGAAGAUCAAAUGGAGAUUUAUCAAAUUCUGUCAGCGCUCCUUCAUCUCAGCAAUGUGGAGAUUAAAGAUCAGUCGGGGGACCGGAGUAGCAUCUCGCCCGAUGAUGCCCACAUGGUGGUUUUCUGUGAGCUGAUGGGAGUACCUAGUGAAGAAACAGCCCACUGGUUGUGUCACAGGAAGCUCAAAACCUCCAAAGAAAGCUUCGUGAAGCCCGUUUCUCGAGUGAAUGCGGUCCAGGGUCGGGAUGCUCUUGCCAAACACAUUUAUGCCAGACUCUUCAGCUGGAUUGUUGGAAGUAUAAACAAUGCCUUAGCAUCCUCAGGGAAACAAAACUCAUUCAUUGGCGUGCUUGAUAUUUAUGGGUUUGAAACGUUUGAUGUGAACAGCUUUGAACAAUUCUGCAUCAACUAUGCCAACGAGAAGCUUCAACAACAGUUCAACCUGAUGCCCAAAGGCUCCGAUGACACGUGGAUUCAGAAACUUUACAACAUCCUCCUGAAGCAGAACUCUCACUUUGAGAAGCCCAGGCUAUCAAACAGAGCCUUCAUCAUCCACCACUUUGCUGACCAGGUGGAGUACCAAUGUUUGGGCUUCUUAGAGAAAAAUAAGGACACGGUCAACGAAGAGCAGAUCAAUGCUUUGAAAAAAACAAAGUUUGAUUUUCUGCUUAAACUGUUUGAUGAAGAUGACAAGGGAGCAAGUUCUCCAAGCAAACUCACUCCUGGAAGAGCUGGACAAAGUCAGAGAGACAAUAAGAAGACGGUAGGACUGCAGUUUCGACAAUCUUUGCAUCUGCUGAUGGAGACGCUGAAUUCAACAACUCCUCACUAUGUCCGCUGCAUCAAACCAAAUGACCUUAAAGCCCCAUUCAUGUUGGACCCUGUCAGGGCUGUGCAGCAGCUUCGAGCGUGUGGCGUCCUUGAAACAAUACGUAUCUCAGCGGCAGGAUUCCCUUCUAGAUGGAGCUAUCAGGAAUUCUUCAGUCGUUAUCGAGUCCUGAUGAAGCAGAAGGAUGUGCUUCCUGACAGAAAGCAGACCUGCAAAGAUCUCCUAGAAAAGCUAAUUAAGAAUCCAGAAAAGUACCAGUUUGGCAAAAGCAAAAUCUUCUUUAGAGCUGGUCAGGUGGCUUACCUGGAGAAGCUCCGGUCGGACAAAUUACGCUUGGCUUGCGUCUCCAUCCAAAAGACCAUCCGCUGCUGGCUGGCUCGCAGAAAGUACCUCAGGAUGAGACGGUCUGUCAUCACCAUUCAGAAAUACGCACGUGGUCACCAGGCACGGAGAUAUGUUACCUUUCUGCGACAAACGAGAGCCGCCGUCACCAUUCAGUGCAAUGUCCGCAUGUGGUUGGAAAGGAAACGCUAUUUGCAGAAGCGCUCUGCAGCCAUUGCAAUUCAGUGCAUGUUGAGAUCUCACAUGGCCAAACAGCAGUAUUAUAAGCUGAUGUUCGAGCGAAAGGCAGUAAUCAUCCAGAAGUGGGUGAGAGGCUGGUUGGCGAAGCAGCACUACAGGCGCACGCUUGCGGCCAUCGUCCUGCUGCAGAGCUGCGUGCGUCGCGUCAAGGCCAAGAAGGAGCUGAGGAAGCUGAAAGUGGAAGCCCGCUCUGUAGAGCACUUCAAGAAGCUCAACGUCGGCAUGGAGAACAAAAUAGUGCAACUCCAGCAGAAGAUAAACGAGCAGCAAAAAGAAAACAAGGAAUUCAGUGAAAGACUGUCUGUUCUGGAGAAGACUAACACUCUUGAGAGAGAGAGACAGAGCAGAGAGAUAGAAGGGCUACGAAGAUCUGAGGAGGAGGCCAGAGCCAAAGCAGAGACGGUUCCCUCGCUGCUGGAGCAACUUUCCGUCCUGCAACAAAAACUAGAAAACACUUCCAGGGAGAAAGAUGAGCUCGAGGAGCAGACGAAGAUCUACAAGGAGCAGACCCAACAGGUGGUGGACGACCUUAAUAUGAAGAACACCUUGUUGCAGAGCAACAUCGAUGAACUGAACAAGGAAAUUGUCCAGCAAGCUCAACAGUUGACAGAGACCAAAGCAAAUUUUGAGAACACACAACAGCUGGAAAAGGAUUUGGCAGAAGAACGGAGUCGCUACCAAAGUCUGCUGAGUGAACACCUACACCUGGAGGAGCGACACAAAGACCUGAAGGAAGAGAUGAAUCUCAGCAAUAAUUCAGGCAAACGUGGUCACAAGAGGAGAGACUCCAACUACAGCAGUGACUCCUCUGAGUUCUCCCAGAGCUUAGACUCCUUCGAGGGGGAAGACAGCGUUAUCCAAGCAGAGAAUGAGAACAAAACGGUGGACUUGCCGAUUCUUCUUAGGCUCCAGAGAAGAGUAAAAGAAUUAGAGCAGGAAAAGCAGUCACUAUGGCAACAGCUGGAUAAAAAAGAGGAAGCCCAACACCUAAAAGAAAAAGAGAUUGAAAAGCAGAGCACUGCUGGCAGGACAGAGCUAGACUUGGAAACUCUCAAGCGGAAAGAAUUGGAGUUUGAGAACAAGAAGUUGAAGCAGGAUCUGACCGACCUUCGAAAGUCUCUGACCAAUGAGAACAGCGAUGCGGCCCCCCCUGCCCCGGGUUCUCUGCCCUACAAGACCUUACUGGAACAGCUGACCUCCUCCAUCGAGGAGCUGGAGAUGCGGAAAGAAGAAGUGCUGCUCCUCCGGUCGCAUCUGGUUCGCCAAGAGGCUCUCAAACAUAGGGGCUCUAUCCUUGGAGAAAAUGCUAAAUUAGAAUUUGGUGAAAUUCCUCCUUUUCAAGAUGUUAACAAGUCCACGGAUGUUCAUGCACUGAAUGAAGACGGAGAGCUGUGGCUGGCUUAUGAAGGCCUGAAAGAAACCAACAGGCUGCUAGAGUGCCAAAUGCAGGAGCAGGAACGCGUUCAUGACGAGAAGUAUCAGAAGCUGCUGGAGGAGGCGAACAAGCUGAGGGCUGAGAAGGAGCAACAGCAAAAGCUGCUGACCCAAAGCCUCGUCCUACCUGAAGAUGCUCGAAUAGAGGCGAGCCUGAAGCAUGAGAUCACUCGACUCACCAACGAGAACCUGGAACGAAUGGAGCAACAAGAAAAACAAGAAAAAAACAUCCGCAAGUUAACAAAGCAACUUAAAAUAUACAUGAAAAAAGUGGAGGAUUUUGAAGCGAGUUUACAGCAAUCUUCUGUGACAAAUGAUGCUGUCAGAGUGGUGAGCAUCACCCGGAAAGAGAAGGAGUACCAGGGCAUGUUGGAGUACAAGGAGGGUGACCUGAGCCGCCUGCUCAAAUGUUUGAUCAUCGAUCUGAAGCCGCGUGGUGUAGCGGUCAGCUUCACUCCAGGGCUUCCAGCCUACGUCAUCUUCAUGUGCCUUCGGUACGCAGACAACAUCAGUGACGACAGGAGAGUCAGCGCCCUGCUCAACUCCACCAUCAGCAGCAUCAAAGGGGUGGUGAAGAGGAAGGGAGAGGAUUUUGAGGUGACAUCUUUCUGGCUGGCCAACACAUGCCGCUUAAUGCACUGUCUGAAGCAGUACAGCGGAGAUGAAGCCUUUAUGGUCCACAACACUGCUAAGCAGAAUGAACAAAGCCUGAGCAACUUUGAACUGUCGGAGUAUCAUCAGCUGUUUGGUGACCUGGCCAUCCAAAUUUACCACCAACUGAUCAAAUGCUUGGAUAACAUUCUACAGCCAGUUAUAGUUGCGAGCAUGCUGGAGCACGAGCCAAUCCAAGGAGUUCUAGGGUCCAAACCCACAGGUCUGAGGAAGAGGAGUACCAGUACUUCUGAUGGAGCUGUAACAAUCGAGGUGCUCCUGCAGCGUCUCAGCUUCUUCCUCACCACCAUGAGUCAGCACGGGAUGGACGUGAACGUCGUCAAGCAGAUCGUCAAGCAGCUAUUUUAUGUUAUCGGUGCCGUCACUCUAAACCACCUGCUGCUGCGGAAGGACAUGUGUUCCUGGAGUAAAGGACUGCACAUCAGGUAUAACAUCUGGCAGCUGGAGGAAUGGCUGGGGGAGAAUGAGAUGAGUGACUGCGGUGCAAAGGAGACGCUGGAGCCUCUCAUCCAGGCUGCACAGCUUCUACAGAUCAAGAAAAAAACUGAAGCCGAUGCCCUGGCGAUCUGCAACAUGUGCACCGCGCUGACAACAGCACAGAUCAUUAAAGUGUUGACCUUGUACACCCCAGUGAUUGAGUUUGAAGAGAGAGUGUCAACCACCUUCAUUUCUACUAUUAAGAACCUUUUGAAAGACAGGAAUGACUCUGCCACCUUAAUGAUGGAUGCCAAGAAGAUCUUCUCUGUUAUCUUCCCAUUCACACCGUCCUCUGUGGCUUUGGAGACCCUCCAGAUCCCAGCGAGCCUUAAUCUGGCGUUCCUCACUCGAGUCUAGAUCACAUGUCUGAUGCAGACAUGCAAAAGUUUGCACAUUCUGUUAGCACUUUGUUUGCUCAAUUUCUCCAAAUAUUUUGAUUUUGGAACUCAAGAAAGUCUUUGAAUGUACUGUUGUAAGUUUUUAGGACUUUACAAAAAAGUAGAAAUAUGAACAGAAAAAAAUAAGUAAAUUCUGCCAUAUUGUACUUGCAAUAUACCCUACUGUAGGUUGAUAUUCAUCAGUUAAUUUUUUUUUUAAUUUUAAUAGGGAAACUCUACAGUCAUUUCAUAUGUCGAGAAAGUGUAUUUUCACUGCCAGUUCUGUUAUUAUAAAAAUGUGUCUUUUUCUUGAGUAAUAUUUAAUGUUCAUUUCAAUUUAAAGGAUUUCUAGAAACAUAAUCCCACUGUGUUUUAUAAAUGUAACUCUGUAUUUCUACAAAAUAUAUCUUUACCUUGAAUAUUUGUGAAGAACGGUUAGAAUAAAGAAAAAAAACGAAUAAAUUGUAUGCAUUUAAACAGA